AUGGGAAAGGUUCACGGAUCGUUGGCGCGUGCCGGAAAGGUCAAGUCUCAGACACAGUCUACAACCCAUCUUGUGUACUUUCUCUCCUUUGGAGGGGAAGGUGGCAACCGCCCGAAAAAAUCGGUGAUCGCGGACGACGACGAGGGAAACACCGCUGGGGAAGAGGAGGGAUCACAACACCCGGUGUUGACGAUUGACGAUGACGGAAAUAACGAUCUCAACGGACGCGAUGACCGAUCGGGCGAUGCUGGGCAAUGUCAUGUUGAGCCCCAGGAGAAGAAGAAGACCCCCAAGGGCCGCGCGAAGAAGCGUCUCACAUACACCCGCCGCUUCGUCAACGUCACCCUCACCGGUGGCAAGCGCAAGAUGAACCCCAACCCUACCGCCUAA